CGUCGUCAGAUUCGGGAUCAGAGAGCGUUCGGGAGCGGUCGGCGGCCACGCGGCGGGGCGACGGUCCGGCCCGAUCCUCUUCCGCGCCGACGGCCAUGUGCUUGAAGCUGGCAGGGCACCAAAAACACCCAAAUUUGAGCCAAUUUGGAGAGCUGCCGACCGUUUGUUUGCCGGCGCGACCCGACGGCGUACCCACUUGAGCCUUGUCGGGGACCGCAUGGCGCCGGUGACUAUCACGCAACACGAAAACGACGAUUGCGAUGGCCAAGUUGCGUGCGUGUAGACACCGGAAACGGCCGUGCUGUUUUCGGCGCGUAACGCGCAAAAGGCAUGGGCGCCUGUGCAUCGAGGUCGACGAACGUGACGCAGUUCACCGAGCCGCCUGGCAGCCCCGUCAAGACGACGGCAGUCGCCGCGCAGGCGGCGCCGUCGCCGGCCAUCGGCCUUCCCAAUGCAAUCGCGUCGGCGCCGGAGCCGGCGCCGACCAACAGCGACGAGUCGCCCGCGGCCAUCCUCUUGCGCCACGUGAAAAAGGGCGCGUUGGACGAGGUGACAGACAUCUUGGCCGCCAACCCCGAGCUGCUCAACGUGCGUGGCAUGUGGGAGAGCACGCCGCUCGUGUAUGCGUGCCAGUACGCGCAGACGGACGUCGCCGCCUACUUGCUUUCGCAAGGCGCCGACUCGCUCCUCGUCAACGAGAAGAACGUCUCGGCGCUCCUUCUCGCCUGUCUCGAGGGCCUCGCCACGAUCGUCGCGCUGCUUUUGCAGCCGCCGUCGCCGCCGCAGUUGCACUUGGUCAACGCCGUCGGCGUCGUCUACAACGCACAAGCAGAUUUGAACCAGUCGCUCUCGCCGUUCCUUGCAGCGUGCGCCAACGGCCACCUCGAGUGCGUUGGGCUUCUCCUUCAAGCGGCGCUUGCAGCAGCCGACUUUUCCAUGGACGCGCUUCUCAAUACGUCGCCGGCGCCGGGCAAGACGCCGCCGCCGCUCUUUGCAGCAGCCAUGUACGGCCACACGCACGUGCUCGUGAUGCUGCUCGGCGCCGGCGCCGCCAAAGAUCGCGUCGACGCCGACGGCAACACGGUGCUACUCACGGCGCUCAAACACGGCCACGACACGGCCGGCGUGGCGCUCGUGAAAGCGACGCCGUCGCCCGGUGAGGUCGUGAACGCGCUCGGGAUGACAGCGCUGCACAUGGCCGCCGACAAGGGCUGCAUCGAGAGCUGCAAGGCGCUGCUGGCGCUCCCCGGCGUCGUCAUUGACAUUGCCAAUGCGGCCGACGAGACGCCACUGUACUUGGCGGCCAAGCGGCGCGACGGGCGCAUGCUCGAGGUCUUCAUCAACGCCGGCGCCGACAUUGAUCGUGUGGUUGCGACGACCAACAAGUGCGUGCGCGAUAUUCUCACCAAGGACAAGCGCUUGAAUUUGGUCAAGAUCGCCGAUAACCUCCGCGGGGUGUCCAUGCGAAGCAGCGACGGCAGUGUCAUCGGCGACUUUACGCUGCCCGUUAGCAACGACAUAACAGCGUCACCUCCGGCGAGCGACGCUCCGCAGACAGCAACGCCCCUUGUUGGGCGCAAGACGCGCAUUACGUUCUCCAAGCAGCUGGGGGCACCCGGCAUGCCGCUGCUCAACCUCGAAGCCUCAAGCGCGCCAGAGCCAACAAGCCCAGCUCCGAUCGGCAACACCCGCCGGACGCGCGCAACGUUUUCCAAGCCGGCGGGCGUGCCGUUGGUCGUGGUUGAAGCUCCGAUCGACGAUACGUCGUCGGAUGCGCGGCUUGGCUCGAACGUUCGGCGGUCGCGCCCGACAUUCUCCAAGCCCGCCGGUGCGAUCGGGACGCCGCUCGUGUCGCUGGACCAGAAUGAAGGGAGCAGUCCGCCGUCAAGUCCGCGGAAAACGCGCAGCACGUUCUCCAAACCGGUUGGGUCCCCGCUCGUGGUAGACGCUGAGGCAGAUGUGAUCGAGCCGCGCAAGACGCGCACAACGUUCUCGAAAGCCAUGGGUGCUCCUUUGGUAGUAGAGAGCACGCUCGUGCUGGACGAGAGAGCGCUGUUGGACACGAGCAGCCACCGCCUCAUGCGCAUCCAGAGUGCGAUCGACGACGACAUUCUGGAUCGCGUCGACGCCAUCACUGCGACGCAACCAUCGGCGGCGCCCAUUCACGAUCACGUGGACGAGGACGAUGACGACGGCGACGGGUCGGGCGCCGAGGAUCCCGAUGUCGUUGCAGCAGAACCGACGAGUGCGGUUGUCGUAACCGAGCCGACGGUGGUCGCUGUCGAACCGGACCUGAUGCUGGCGGCAGUCGAGGUGCUUGCUAGCGAUACCCUCGAUGCGGUGCCCUCCUCGUCGUCAGAGGCCGACGAGCGCGAGGCGCUUGCCGUCGUAGUGUCGCGUGUGACGACUGACACGGUCGCAGCCAUUUUACACGCCGCUUCGACGUUGCGAGACUCGUCGGCCGCUUCCAUCGACCAGUCCGCUCCGCCUGUCGAGAGCAACGAAGCCGCGCUUGUCGCCAAAGUCACAGAGCUCCUAGCGGCCGAGCCCGUGCGGGAACCGCUGGCCGCGCGAUCGCCGAGCGGCCUCACAAGCGUUCAUUUCGUAAGUCGCGCGGGGACGGUCCAGCUGGCGCCGACGCGGACGAUUUCGCUCGAGCGACUCGAGAGGAGGAAGGACAGUGACAGCGACGCGCCUUCGGUUCCACCCAAGCGCACCGUGUCGUUGGCGCCGCUCCUGCGCCAUUCCAACUCGUAAUGCUAGCGUUUAUACAAAUCAUUUGGUUCACAGGGUA